AUGGCUAUGGUACCAAUGGAGGAGCUACCCCCCGCUGAUUUCGAUAGGUCAAACAAAGGGGCUUCAAAACAACGUCGUGACCAAAUCAAUGCCGAAAUUUCGGUCAUGCGUGACCUGCUCCCUUUGCCGGAGUCUUCCAGACAAAGACUUUCACAACUUCAGGUUAUGUCCGUUAGCUGUGUUUACAUCCGGAAGUGCAACGUUUUACAAAACCUUUUCCAAUGCCAAUCGCAUGAGGGUGAACUUCCAGAAGCUGUGGACUUUUUGCAG